GCGGCCCCGCGACACCCAGGCCUCCCGGACCGCCGCGUUCCGGCUCCGGAGGCUGAGCCCCAGCAGCGCCGCUGCCGCGAUGGGCUCCAGGCUGAGCAGGCAGAGCAGCCCGGCGGAGGACGGGGCACCUCGCCCCGGGAGGCCGGAGCGGCGCUUCCCACUGGCCUCGCUGCUCCGCGGCACCCCAAAGCUGCCGGGGGCGCUGAGGACCGCCAAGCCGGCGCCGUACGAGAGGCGAGUGGGCUGGGUCCGCGAGAUCCAGGAGAUCCUCCGCGCGCGCCAGCGGGAGCCGGCGCUCCACAUCCUCCGCUUACUCCGGAAGGACCUUGGCCUAGAAGGGACAUUCCUUAGCGAAGUUCUCUAUAAGAAUGCUGCCUUUCUCAACCUCGUGGAUCCCAUCUCCCAUGACCUCCUGAUGAGCCUAGCCAGAGACCUGCAGUGCCCCAAGAAGGAGUAUGAUCCUUGGAAGUCUGCAGAUCGGAUCUGCCGGCAACUUAUUUAUCACUUGACUCCUCAUUCAAAGUGGCACCAGCUCAGCAUGUCCCGGCGGAAGUCACAGGCAAGUCUGAAGAACAGCUUACAGAAGAAGCGGAGCCAAGUCGCUAUGGAUCUGUCAGGAAUCCCUCUUUCCACUCGGGACAUCCAUCGCAUGGCCUGUUACCUACAGAACUAUGGCGAUAACCUCAGCACAGUGGACUUGAGCUUCACUGACUUGACUGAUGACAAGAUGCACCUCCUGCUUCCUUUUCUGUGGUCACUGCCCAAGCUCACCCAUCUCUCCCUCAAUGGGAAUCGCCUCACCAAAGCCACUGUGAAAGAACUGACUGAUGCCAUGAAGGACAUGAACCAGUUCCCUUGCUUGGCAUGGAUUGACCUCGGCAACAACAUAGAUGUGUCUUCGAUGCCACAGCCUCUGCUGGUUGGCUUGCGGAAGCGUCUUAGCCUGCAGACCACCCUGCCCACCAUCUAUGAGUCCCUCGACAGUGAUUCUGAGGUCUCCACCAGCCAGCUAGAAGACAUGGAGGCAGCGGCAGCAUUGCAAGGAGAGGAGGAUCAGUCAAAGGCUGAAGAAGAGUCAUGCAACUUCCCUCAGCGGUCUUGUGAAAGGUGACUGGGCAGCAAGAGCUUCUCUACAAGACCAAUACCGUGGCACACAGUAGCAAUUGACUGUAGAGGCACAAGGCCUCAAAGCCCUUCCAGCCAGUUUCCUUUGGCACUUCUCCUGCUUUUGAUAACUCUGAACAACUUUCCAGCAAGAGGCUGCUGCACUUCACAGCCAGAGUCUUCAUUUCAUAUACUUCAAAACAGGGGAUCAGUCACUUACCCAGAUGACAAGGAACCCAUCAGUAGACAAAACAGUUUGUAGGAACUUGGCAUAACCAUCAGGUAGCACUGGCUGGGAUAAAGUACAAGCUGUUGCCUUCUUCCUUUUCUUCCCCCACAGCUUGUAAGCAUCAGGGGGCUGUGACUUCUACUCACAGUGAGGCUCCUGCAUUUAAAGGCUGAGCUGCUCUUUGGGAAGACCUCAACAAGAUGAGCAAGCACCAACUACUCUGCUGUGACAAGCUCCCUCCACACUGCAGUGCAUUUUCACUCUCCAGACAAAGGGCAGUGGAAUCCCACAUUCAACUCUGUGUGCAGACCAAGAGAACAUGUGACUGGGUUGCAGUGUCAGGAUAUUUCAAGUCCAGGCAUUAGAGAUGGGUGUCUCUACCACAUCUCUUCAGAGCUUAAAAGAAAUGAGUGUUACAAAUGCUACUGUUGUAUGGGAGGGGGAAAGCAGGAAUGCUUGUAUUGCUUGGGUAGCUUGAUACACAGAGAGGUGAACUGUUUAACACACAUCACAGCUCUGCCUUGCUUGCUAGCCCCUGGGGACGGCUUGAUGUCGAAAUGGUGUCAAGGCCAGUGUGGAAAUAGACAGUGCAGUAUUUCCCACAUGUAUUUUUCAGUAUUGCCAGUUUGCUGUAGGUGA